AUGGCUCCUGAUCUCCAGGCGCUCGUCUCUCAUUAUGCCUCCCGACUGUCGGCCCCAAUCUGGAAGAUGGGCCCCCCCUUGAGUUUGCUGUGGGUGGUUUACCAGAUCAACAGAUAUCUUAGUCGUCGAGCGCUGAAUAACGGCGUUUCGGCUACAUUUGAUUGGGAGAAGGAAAUCGUGCUCGUGACGGGGGGCUCAGAUGGCAUUGGUGCGGCGACAGUGCAGAAGCUGGCCGAGCGUGGGACUACCAUCAUCGUGCUCGACAUCCGGCCUUUGACCUACGAUGCUCUGAAAUGCGUGCACUUUUAUCGAUGCGACGUGACCAAUCGGACCGAGCUGGAAUCAAUCGCCGAGACUAUUCGUCAGGAGAUUGGUGCACCCUCCUGUGUGGUGGCUAAUGCGGGCAUCUGUCGCGGUAAAGCCUUGCUCCAGGCGACCCAAAAAGACAUUGAAUUGACAUUUUCCGUGAACAGCCUGGGUCUUAUCUGGACCGUGCAAACAUUUCUUCCUUCCAUGGUCGCGCAGAAUCACGGCCACUUCCUAAUACUGGCAUCGCAGACAGCCCAUCUGGCGACGGCUGGCGUGGUGGACUAUGCCGCCACCAAGGCAGCCGCGUUGGCUAUCUACGAGGGCCUCCAAACCGAACUCCGUCAUAUCUAUCGGGCACCUGCGGUGCGUAUGUCGUGCCUGUCGCCCUCGGCAGUGCAGACUAAAAUGUUCCGCGGCAUCCAAAUGCCCGACUCUGUCCCGCUCUUGCAGCCCGACGAUGUUGCCUCAGUCGUCGCGGAGAUCCUCUGGAGCGGGCGGGCGCAGAAUCGGAUGACGCCUGCCACGGCUUACAUCUCACCACCGACAAGAGCGCUCCCAGAUUGGAUUCGGGUGAAAUUGCAGGAUUUUGGAAAGGAUGUCAUGUCGGCUCUUUCGCCGCAUCAACCUAUGGAAGAGGUAGACUGA